GAGCCUUUGAUAUGGAGCUCGUUCCGGAACUCAUGGCUGAGGAUCGGGAAGCAGGAGCUGAGGAGGAUGGUGGAGAUACCGAGCCGGAUAGCAACGGCGAUGACGGUGGCUGCGAUGACGAAAGACGCGGAUGGGCCGGCGUAUUUGGCGGCGCCGGCAGGGGAGGGGACGAACCCUCCGGAGGCACCGGUGGUGGUGUUUGUUAAUUCGAGGAGCGGGGGACGCCAUGGCCUCAUGCUCAAGGAUCGUCUUCAGAUGCUGAUUGGCAAGGACCAGGUUUAUGAUCUUUCAUGUGUGAAACCUGAUGAUUUUGUUCAAUAUGGUCUGGGUUGCUUGGAGACGUUGGCCAGUCUCGGUGAUCUUUGCGCAAAGAGUAUACGUGAGAAGUUGAGGAUCAUGGUUGCUGGAGGUGAUGGCACAGUUGGAUGGGUAUUAGGAAGCCUGGCAGAACUUCAUACUCAGAAUAGAACGCCAGUACCUCCAAUUGGCAUCAUUCCACUUGGAACUGGCAAUGAUCUCUCCAGAAGCUUUGGUUGGGGUGGUUCAUUUCCUUUUACAUGGAGGACAACAGUGAAAAAUUCUAUCCACAGAGCUGUCACUGGUCCAGUUUGCCAUCUUGACAGUUGGGAAGUCGUUAUAUCAGUGCCAGAAUUGGAGCCAAUAGACUUGCCACACUGUCUCCGGCAACUUGAUGACCACAUUUAUAUUCAGGAUGGAGAUAAUGAGGAGCAGUCUCCUUUAAGGGGUUCAUGCUAUAAAGGAGUCUUUUACAACUAUUUUAGCGUAGGAAUGGAUGCACAGGUUGCAUAUGGCUUCCAUCACCUACGUGAUGAAAAACCAUACAUUGCUCAAAGUCCAAUUGCAAAUAAACUUAUAUACACAGGAUAUGGAUGCACCCAAGGUUGGUUCAUGACACCUUGCAUGACUGAUGCAAGUUUCAGGGGACUGAAGAACAUAUUGCGGCUAUAUAUUAAAAGGUUCAAUUCCACAGAAUGGGAACAAAUUCAUGUUCCUAAAAGUGUCAGGGCCAUCGUUGCCUUGAAUCUUCACAGUUAUGGAGGUGGACGAAAUCCUUGGGGUAACCCUAAACCUGAAUAUUUAGAAAAGAGGGGCUUUGUUGAGGCUCAUGUCGACGACGGUUUGCUUGAGAUCUUCGGCUUAAAACAAGGAUGGCAUGCUUCGUUUGUUAUGGUUGAAUUAAUACCAGCCAAGCAUAUCACUCAGGCAGCAGCAAUUAGAUUGGAAAUGAGAGGAGGUGAAUGGAGAGAUGCAUAUAUGCAAAUGGAUGGGGAACCAUGGAAACAACCAAUAACUGGUGAGUUUUCAACCACUGUAAUUAUAAACAGGAUGCCAUUUCAGUCAUUGCUCAUUGCUGGUGAUGUCUCUGUUCAUCAUCAUCUUAUGCCAUUUCUCUAA